AAACAGGCUUACUGUAAGCACACUUCCCAGAGUGUGGCACAUGGCCCGGGACAGACAGACAACAUGACCUCUAUCAGGAUUCUGGAGUUUCUGCUUCUCUUCCUCCUCCAGCAGGUUUAUAGUGAGGAGGCAGAGCCCAUGUUCAGAGCAGCGGGCACCGAUAUCGAGAUGGGGUAUUGUUUCGGAGCGGAUUAUAUUGUUGUUUAUAGAUGUGCUCCGGAGGGAGACCAGCUGCUUGGUAAUUCCUCAGAUGACAGCAAGCCCAUUACACCUCCUGCGGACCUCCAGGGUCGCGUCCACAUCAACAAAAAUCAGCAUCUGCUCGCGCUCCUGAUCAGUAACCUCACACACAAGGACUCAGGGAUUUAUAGGAGGGAAUGCUGGGAGAACCACAUGCUAGUCAGCCAGCACACAGAGCAGCUCUCUGUGUGCGAUAAGGAGGUGAAAUCUGAAGAGAUCAUUGUGAAGGAAGAAGAUGAAAGGGCUGAGCUUCUGUGUAACAACACUUCCACUGGUUUGGAGGGAACCUCUGUGCGCUGGUACUAUGAAAUGUAUCCGUUUUAUAAGCCCACACUCUUCCUGGACAGUAGCGUGUCGCUGGAGCUUCUGGGGCAGGAGCUGCAGGGUGUGGUGGAGGUCAGACGCAACGGGGCGUUGCUCUUGCUCGCCAACAGCAUGUUAAAGAAUAACCUGAACUUUUACUGUCUUGUGAGCAAAGGUAAGAAUUGUCUCAGUUUCCAAAACAAACACCUACCAGACAACAGUGAAAGCAGGGAAAUGUUUGUCUCCCAAGGGGAGAGAGUGAUACUAAAAUGCCCCUCUGAUGGUAACAACCAGCAAUGGGAGACACCACUGGGGGGAAUCACUAGCAGCAGCAUGGGGAUGUACAUUUCAUUUGGUGACAAAUCAGAAAACUUCUCAUUAGUAAUUCCAGCCUUCUCGGAUGAAUAUAGUGGGCCCUAUUCAUGCAUCUCCUCUUCGCUUGAAAUGCAGUACUUGCUGGUUCUUUGCCCCAAAAAGGAAUCCCAUGAAAAAGUUGGUGCUGAAGGCGGGAGUGUCUUGCUAGAUUGUGAUGUUGGCAAAGAUGACUCCCAAAGGGUGCUGUGGCACCGCGGAGAUCCAUUAGGCAAACAUGAACUUAUCCAUGACUCACACGACAAGACGCUUCCCAUCCCAGGGAAUCUGAGGGACAGGCUGACUCUGUCUGAAAGUGGCUCCUCGCUGACCAUCUCCCACCUCGAGGUGAAAGAUCAACAGGUGUACUGGUGUGUUGUUUUAGGAAGCCCUGAGUUCCUGGAGGCGGGCGAUUACAAAGGGGAUUAUGAUUACAACGAUAGUAGGGAUGAUGCAAUCACUGAUAGCCAAUACUGGGAUGACACAAACAGGUGCAUCUUUAAACAGGAGACCAAUUUGAGCUUGACAGAUAGGACAAUUAGGCAACUAAUUACCUAUGAAACUAGCCCCACAGCUGAUCCGCCAGCAGCCUCUACUAUUACCAUGUAUGCUGUGGGGGCUGGACUGGUGGGGCUGCUGCUGGGGGUUGGAAUGAUUGUGGCGGUGAUUGCGAUGAAGAGGAGGGCAAAGACCUCACUGAAGCAGAGGGAAGCAGCCUCUCACUCUGGACGAAACAAGACCAAGGACAUAAAAAUGGACGUGGAUCCUGGUUGUACUGAGAGGUUAACACAUAAUUAUGCUUAACUGCUUUUUGUAAAGUAGUCCUAAGGCAUUGUAUGUCCAAAUGACAUCAACUGUCCUAUGAAAUCGUGUGAUUGUGAAAAGGUCAUAUUUAUGGUUUCAGUUUCAUGUUGAUGCUGUCUUUUUCCAUUUUCUUUUAUAUGGUAGAAUCUGAACAAUGCAAGUUUUGUCCAUUUUGUCUUGUGACAGAAAAUAUAUAUAAAAAAAGAAAGAAAUGUCAACACUACCACAAUGUCUUUCAGUACAGCCUGUACAUAAAAAAACAAAAAAACCACAACUAACAACUGUGUUUUGAAUUGUUCUUGUUGACUGACAGUGUGGUGUGGCUGUAACGUGACAUGAAAUAAUGACUACAAACCAGUCAGGCUGCUUUCCUGUCAACAGAUUGUUUGGUGGCAAUAAGGCAGAGCAUAACGGCCCAAAAUACCUGAAGCUCAAGUGUCAAAAGAGUCCCAACAGAAAGUGAUUUCACUGUGACUCCUGCUCACCUGCCACCCUGCACUUUAAAGUAAUUAAUUUAACUGCAGAAGGAAGGUUAAGAGUAGCAACAUGGAUCAGAACACAUUUGUUAGUAGCGAAAAAACUAACCGUGUUUUCUUUCUGACGCUAGCUGAGUUAACUUUAAGAUAUUUAGGCUAAAACUAUUAUUUUGAUUGAUCUUGAAGUUGCAUUAAUUAAAUAAUCUGCCGUUUUGGAGUGAGUCCAACGAACUGUAAAUAUAACAUUGACAUGCUAUCACUUUAUAAAGUAGACAUGGCUAAUGUGUCAGCAAACAAUAGCCUAUUUGCACAUCCAGUAGACAUGGAGCAACAUUAACAUUCAUUUAGAGUCGCGUUUCUGUCAACCAGAUGAAUAGAAGUCUAGUAUUCACUCUCCUUUUAGCUCUGAUCUGCUCCUGAGGGAAAUAGCUGGCUCUUUAGCUGCUAAUACUCUGCUUUUUGUGCUGGGCAGGUAGUGUACAGUCAGUUUCUAGAGAUUGAUCGGUGCAUCUUUAAAGAAGAAACGCUCCCCUUUUACCAAGGAGGAAUGAUUGACUAUCAUGCAAAUUUGUCUCUUUUUUUUUUGCAAACGAUCAACAGAAAUACCAGCAAACCUAAUAGUCUCCUACACUUUUUUUCUUUCAACAAUCUUACUUAUCAGGGGUCAAUGUGGAAUUAAAAUUAAAAAAAAUGUUUAAAAAAAAAGUCAGUGUAAGAAAAACCAAAGAGAAUCAAGAGACUCAAAGGAACGGACUCAAGCUGUCCCCACUAUCUGUCGAUGUUUACAAAAGGCUGGGCUCUGUUAUAUGAAAAGACAUGAAAUAGCACACUUGACAAAUGUUGUCACAGUAUCUUACAUUUCUUUGUAUAGGUUCUCCUAUCUUUGAUCAAAAUACACCUUAAGCUAUCUCACCUAACACUACACGCAUAAACUGCAAUAUAGAAUCAAUAUCUGCUGCGCACUGCUGCAGAGUGAACAUCACUAUUGAUCCAAUAUUGCAGUUUAUGUUUGCAAAACACAAAAUGGGAUACAGUAUAUGAAGUGAUUAUUGACUAGCUGACUGUAGUCAUAUUGAUUCAACUGUGCAUUUUUAUUAUACCUGAUAACAUACAGUAAAAUGUGCAGUUUAUAUUUUAACAAAACAUGUGCAGCUGCCACAGUGCCAGUGUGUCAUGCAUUUCAAUAAAUACUUUCAAACUAGGAUCUGGAAAAA